AUGCGAGUGUGGUUUAGUCAGCUACCAACAUUGUCCAUUGACAGCUUCGAGCAAUUGGGCAAUUCUUUUGUACACCAUUUCAUUGGUGGACAACGCCCAAAAAGGCUAGCAGACCAUUCGCUCACCAUCAGACAAGGGGAGAAGGAGACCCUAAGAUCAUAUGUGAAGCGUUUCACCAGAGAAAUCCUGAAGAUAAAUGAAGCAGAAGACAAAGUGCAGCUAAUGACCUUCAAAGCUAGAUUGAAGUCUAGAGAAUUAGUGGUCGCACUCGUGAAAAGCCCUCCUCAGAAAAUGGUGGAAAUGUUGUUGAAAGCUUUGAAGUACAUGAAUGCAGAAGACGCCCUAAUAGCAAUAGGGGUCGAGGAGAAUCCCAGAGAAAGAGAAGGAAAGGGAGAAGACCAGAGGGGACGUAAAAGAGAAAGGGGAGACCAUAGAAGAACUCAUUGGAAGGGGAAGCUACAGAAGUUUGUGAAGAAGGGGGAAUCCAGCAGAUCUAGAAGUGAUAUCAAGGAGAAGCACGAAGUUGUUCCCAGGGACAAGGACAACACGUUCAGUCAUCCACAAAGCACGAUAGGAGAAAUAAAAAUGAUCACAGGAGGACCGUCCACAGGUGGAUCUUUUAAAUCCCUUAAGAAGUCACAACAGAGGCAGGUAAACAGUGUCCACAAGAAACCAUCCCUUAAGCAAAGAAGGAUGAAUAAGGACAUCCUGUUUUCAAAAGAAAAUGCCAAAGGUGUGAAGCAGCCGCAUGACGACCCCUUGGUUAUCAUGCUCAUGAUAGAAGGAUUUAACACCAGGAGAGUCCUUAUAGACAUUGGCAGCUCUGUAGACAUUAUCUACCUCUCCGCUUUUCAGCAGCUGAAGGUAGACCUUGAAAUGUUACAGCCUUUUGAGUCCCCCCUUGUCAGCUUCAGUAGAGAUCGGGUGUACCCCAAAAGUAUAGUGGCAUUGACGGUUAUGGUAGGGACUUACCCCUAA